AUGACGGUGAGUUUUAUGCGAACCGUGGAUGACCAAGGAUUUUGUCAACUUUACCAAGCAGAAAAGAAAGCACGUGUCCGAUGGAAGAAAGUGGCAUCAGACUGUAUUUUUGAGGAUUACAAGCGAGUGGAAUUUAACUCAAGAAAGGAUGAAAAAUUAACCGAGACGGCUGGCGUGUGCAACGUUGCCAUGGCAUAUAUGGACCUAACCAAGGCCAUUGAUAAGGUUCUCCAUGUUACGAAUUGCGAAGCGGGGCCAAUUCCUCCACCAGGCCAGGCUCGAACCCCGUGCACCGAGGACUCGCUCAACGAAGACGGAGGACCCACCCGGAAGGCUCGGCUUGCCCAACGUGGACUGCGAACGCGGCUCCGAGCCAAUGGCGACGAAGUGACCUGCGCCGCCGAGAACGUGAAGACUAGAAAAAGUGGGCAUGGAGUCAGAUGGACUAACCACUCUCACACUCUCUCAACAGAUCAUCAGAAUCACGCCUGGCAACUGGUUCAAGAGAUCAAACUGUAUGAGUGUGCUGGCAUUGUGGUUGUAUCUGGUGACGGACUGCUACAUGAGGUGAUCAAUGGGUUGAUGUCCCGAGCGGACUGGAAAGCAGCGAUGAAGUUGCCGCUGGGAAUCAUCCCGGCUGGAUCAGGGAAUGCCCUGGCUGCUGCUGUUAAUCACAAUGCAGGGUUCCGCAUGUCCACUGGGGUGGAGCUCCUGGUGAACUGCGUGCUCCUGCUGUGCCGAGGGUCGGGCCGGGGUCUGGCCACGCUGCUAGACCUGGUGUCGGUCACCACGGCGACGGGCCGCCGCCUCUUCUCCUUCCUGUCCGUGGCCUGGGGCUUGGUGGCGGACGUGGACGUGGAGGGCGAGCGUCUUCGCCGGUCCGGGCCCGCCCGCUUCACCCUGGGGACCCUCGGUCGCCUGGCCACACUUCGCCGCUACCCCGGACGCCUCUCCUACCUCCCGGCCGUCCCACGCCUCCGCCGCAGCGGCACCCUCUCCCCCGGACCCCCGCCCUCCCGCCCGCCGCUUGGAAGGACCCUCUCCGACUCGGGGCCCUGGGGCAGGGGCCACGACCACUCCCCGCCCCCCUUAUCGGCUUAUGAGGGCUUCUCAUUCGAGGGGGCUUCCUUCGCCGAGGAGGAGGAGGAGGAUGAUGAGGUGGGUGCGGAGGGAGGGGAGGCAAGAGCCGUGCUGCUUAACUCUGAACGGGAGAACCAUACGCGCAAGGACCCUGCUGUGGUGAGCUCUAACGGGGGCUCAACACCCGAGGGUCUCAGUUCAGAAAACUCCAACAUCUCCGCUUCUAAAGACCCUUGCCUGGGUUGUGGAGGGCCCUCGGUGCGUGUGUGUCACGAUCUAGGGAACGCUAAUAUCUGUGCGCAAAAUGACCCUGGUCCUGUAAACUCUGAAGAAUUCCCCGCUCAAGAGCAGCCUCGUCUAAUGGUCGAACGAGACUCGGCGAGGGAGGAUCACGUUCAAGGGAGCACUUAUAACCUGGCCCGUAAGGCACCUGGUUCACACAGCCCUGAGGUGAACAACCGUGUCAGUCAGGACCCUGGUCUAAUCACCUCUGAAAUGGGUAUCCCAGCUUCUGGGAGUGUUGGCCGGCUGAGUGACGGGGACAUUUCCGGACCUCAGGGACCAGGAGUCGUCGUUCGCAUCCAGCGGCCCCCCUCUGCCCACCCGCUGCCCCGGGAUGAUCUCCUGCCCCCGCCGGGCGCGCCGCUACCCCAGGACUGGGUGACGGUGGAGGGCGACUUUGUGCUGGUGCUGGCUAUCUACCAGAGCCACCUGGGGGCCGAACUGAUGACCGUCCCUCCUGCACAGUUUGCCCAGGGCGCCAUCCACCUCUGCUACGUGAUGGCGGGCAUCUCCCGCGCCUCCCUGCUCCGCCUCUUCCUGGCCAUGGAGAAGGGGGCGCACUUCGACCUGCGCUGCCCGCACUUGACCUACGUCCCCGCCACCGCCUUCCGAAUCGAGCCCCUGGGCGGCCGGCCGGCCGGUAUCGUCACCGUGGACGGGGAGAGGGUGGAGUACGGGACCGUGCAGGGGCAGAUCCACCCCGGCCUGGCCCGGCUCGUCACCGGCUUCCCCCCCUCGCCCCAAGCUAGCGGACACUGAGAGCCGCCCUGGCAAUCCUCUAUAACCUCCCCACCUCUCCUGCUCUUCCCUGGCACCUACCGACAUCCCGACCCUUCCCCGGCUCAUUUUCUCGCCAUCCCUCCCCCAUUGAGAUCCUUCUUCACCCGCUCUCCCUUUUCCGCGCUCUCCUCUAUAUUUCUUCUCAUCUCUCAUCUCUCCUGCCCACAAAGCGGGAAACACACGGACAUUCCCUGGGGAGAGGGAAAAUCCUAUUGUACGUCAGUGCGCAGUUUGCACAGCGCCCCCGGCUUGGUUUGGAGCAGGGGGUGGGGGUGAGACCCCUG